UUCAUUUUGUAUCGAUUGUAAUAUUAUGCACGCACUAAAAAUAGAGUGUGUUAUCAUAUUGUUCUGCUCUGGAUAUAUAUUUUAUUGAAAUCAUGGUGGUAUAAUGGCUGAAUGUGAAAGAGAAACUUACUUAUACAGACUGGAUUUGUCCAAUUUAAAUCACGUAAUGUAGAGAAAGCGGUUUAAACAUUCCCUGGCUCAGCGCCAAAGUGAGACAAUUUUCCUCCUAUAAUAGACGUAAGGUACAGAGAUAUGGAAGUUACACACUUCACCGUACCGGCUGUGGCUUAUCCACGGUAUAAGUAUACACGAGAGCACGUUACACCCCUUCUUAAACGUUUCAAAAAGUUGUCACAAAAAUGUAACGUUACCGACCCCUUUCCAAUCCCUGUAUUUGGAGAUGUCAAUAUAUACACAAUAUCGGACGACAAUUCGAGCAUUCUUAGUAUUGAUGAAGUAGCACCAAAAAGCAGUGUUAACAUUCAAAGAAUUAGCAUCAAAUGUAAGGAUGUAGAUGACUUCCGGCGUCAAUGCCCCAACAUCCUUCCAUCAGUCUGUGUAGCAUCUUAUAAGAGAGCUUGUCAGAAUGGAGAUAUUUUUGGGUACUUCGGAAGAUACAAUGUUCUUAUAGCAGAAGAUGAUGAACAAAUUGAGACAAAGACUCCUGAGUAUAAAACUGCAGACGAAAAUAUCACUUGUGUGAAAUCAAAGAGUAAGUUUGCUCCAGAAAUGGGUCUUCUUUUGGAAAGGAUUUUAUUUCGGGAACUAUAUAAGAGAGUUGAAGUUCUAACAGGGUUUUCACAAUUAGACCCUACAGAAGCAGUGUUUUCAACACUUGAUCAGGAUAUUGAAAUGAUAUUGAAAAAGAGGUUUGACAAAUCAAGAUCGGUUACCAAACCAAGACCAGUUUCAGCUAGAGAAAGAGAUGUUAUACACUUACAUUACGAAUGGUGCAUUGCAAGACUGGCUGCAAUAAGAAACAAAAUUUCAUCAGAAUAUGGGAAAUGUGCACCGGAAGUAAGGAAACAGCUCCUGGAUCUUGACGUCAGCAAUAGCGGAGGAGGCAGAAAUGUACGACCAUUAAAGAUUUGCGAGCAUAUUAUUCCUUACCUACAUGACGAUACGAUGCCGUCAGGGUCCAAACAGAUACCAGAAUCCCUAUCGGCACAGAUAAAAGUAAUACAAAAUUCGCAGGAGAUCACACGUAACGCAGUCGAUCUGGAGACCCGUUUUAAAAGUCAUUUGGAGUUGGUACAUAAACACAGAGGUGAAAUCAGCCAGUUGUAUGGUGAAAGCAUGGGCAUGUAUCACAGGAGUAGAGUACCAGAGUAUGAAAGGCCACAACGCAUGAAGAAGAAACCGCCAUCCUUAAGUGAAAAUGUUGCAAACAGAUUUCUGAGUACAAAAGGGGUGACAGGAUGCGGGUAUCGAUUUCAGACUUUAGACGUUUACAUCAAAGAUACACUUACUGAGGAAGAACGGCAACUUACAGCAGCAAAAGUAACUGAAAUCGCCGAGAAAAGCGGAAUUUUAGAAUAUCAAAUUCGUACAGAGCAAGAAAAUGUGACCAAAUUUGCAGAUUAUGGUGUCGGCUUAACUAUUUCAAGUCAGCAAGAACGUAGGGCUAGUCUAGGAGGAUUUGCUCUCAAAGGUGAAUCACGAGAUCUGAGCUUGCUGGUAGCUAGACACCUUGCAGAUGAUGGCAAGCCUCUAUAUGUUUGCGACACUGAAGGAAGAAAGUCUGUCAUUGCUUAUGUUCUUCAACCAUCCAAGGAAUCGGACAGAUGCGGUUCGCUAGACAUAGCUGCUGCAAGUGUGCUUAAGAAGAUCAGACCAAAUUGUGACACGAUGUUUAAAGAUCGUUGCGGUACACCACUAGCAAGCCAACUCACACAAUUUGAAGAAUUAGAUGUAGAGUGGCUAAAGGGGUUACCCGUGCAUAUAUGGGGCGCGGCUAGUUCUCCUGGCCUAGGUACGAUUAUUAUUCCAGACUUUUAUGUUGAAGGAAUGAAAAGGUUAGUUAAAAUUGAAGACAGCCAUCCGGAAGACACUGACAUAAUUGUGCCUUUCUGCAAAUCUGGCGACAGUGGUGCCAUAGUAUGCGCAGAUGAUCCUGAUGGCGAUAUAGUUCAUGUCAUUUCUAUGGUAAUUGGGUCUUCGAAUUUUGAAGCUAAAGAAAAUAAUCCAAAAAUUAAAGGUGAAUAUCUAUCCAUAAGACUAAAAGAUGGAUUGCUGCAGCUUGAAGAAGAGCUCAAAGAUACCUUUAGGUUGUGUUAGCUGAGCUAAGAAUAUUUCAGGUUUGGUUUUACGCGUAUUGCAGAGGCAUUUUGUAAAACGUUGCUGUACACCCUAAACCAGAAUUCAUGUUGCAAGCAAGACAAGACAGAGUAUAUAUUUAAAGAAACUAUUGAGAUUCUAUGGCACAUUCUAACACAGCCCGAUUUCUUUUUCUUUGAAACAAAGAAGACUGAAAAUGUAAUAUUAUUAUGUAAUGAUAAUAUAUAGUUUAUACAGGAAAUUGUAUACGACAGGCAAAUAUUUGGUUGUAUCGACAUGGAUAUAGAGUGUAAUUCUUAAUAUCCUUUUGGAAUUGAAAUAAUAACAGUUUGAAGUGAAGGGUUCAUAUUACGAGUGUGCAUUUUUGUCAUAUAUAUCAUGUCUCUUUACUUGCAAACUUUAUGUCUUACAAAAUGUCGUACUACGUCGGCAAGAUCAUAUUCUAACAGUGUGACUUCAUUAUGCACUAAUCAGUAUUGUACGUCAUAGUAAGUACAUCUCAGCGUCAAGCGUCAUAGCGGUACGCCAAAAUGAAUACGACAGCUAACAGGCAACUCUGUGUGAUGUAAAUAGAAAAUCCUCUUGUUCGAAAUUUAUACAUUUCAAUAGUGAUUGUUAAAUUAACUCAUUUUUGUUGUUUAGAUGCUUAUUAUUUUACUAUAAGGGAUGUGCCUACGCGUAAUAACUUUUCUAACGAAAAAUCUGUGUUAAGGAUAUAUUAUUUCUUCUUUUUUUCCCCAUACUUUUUAUGAGGAAAUGAUCCUUACAUAAGUUAAAUGUAAUAAUACACUGUAUUGAAAACUGUAAUAAUGAAAAGAAUGUACUUGGUUAUUAAUAUGAACAUUCAUUCGGAAAUGUUAGACAAAUUUCCAUUAAUGACUUGUUAAAUUUUCAACAGUAAACACGAAUCAGAAAGUACGUAAAAGCAAACCCUGGUGGUCCAGUGAAUUGUCAGUAAUUUGGAAUGAUAUGACCAAAUAUGAAAAGUUAUGGUUAAAAUGUGAAACUGCAGAAAAAGGCACUUAAACAUGUCUAUUUCAGUCAAAGGAAAAUGUUUGAUAGAGGUGUUCAAAAGGCAAAGAGGCACAAAAGGUAUUGACGAUUCACAAGAUAUAAAUCCACCAGGUUUCUGGAAAGAAAUAGGAAAGCUAAGUCGAAGUCAAUACCUUUUACGAUAAAUAUGACCGAUUGUUCUAUUAAUAGUAACUCUCAUAAUUUUAAAGAAAAAAUGUGCUAGUGACUUCUCUUUUUGAACACUUUCGAUCGAACAGAGAUGUCUAUCAGUAAAACAAUUAUGAAGGGGAUAUAAGUGGACAGGAUGGAGAUGAUAAUGCCCCUGGACAAUUUAAUUCUAUAAUAAAUAUCGAUGAGACAUUAAAUGCUUUGUUACAGGCUAAAUCCAAAAAAAGCAGCCUGCUUUAAUAACAUACCUGCUGACUUAUCUAAAAAUGACACAGCUGUUUUCAACUAACAUUUGUUUCAGUACUGGAACAGUUCCAAAAUUUGGUGGAAGGGGGUUAUCACGUCUAAAUCAUCUACGUAUUACCCACCUGACACUCCUCUCAUACAUAGGCAUCAUAUUAGCACCUGCAAUGUAACACUCCACUGGCACUCCUCUCAUACAUAGGCAUCAUAUUAGCGCCUGCAAUGUAACACUCCACUGACACUCCUCUCAUACAUAGGCAUCAUAUUAGCGCCUGCAAUGUAACACUCCACUGACACCCCUCUCAUACAUAGGCAUCAUAUUAGCGCCUGCAAUGUAACACUCCACUAUAUGUACUUUGGAUGAUAGAUUUAGUAAAUGGUGUGUUGAAAAUCAAAAUAAUAAUACAGGUUGAACAGAAUGGUUUUAUAAAAGGGAAAAGUACGAUAGAUCAUGUAUAUAUUAGCUUGUAAAGUAUUAUAGAAACUAGAAAACUAAGUAUAUUUGCAGCUUUCAUAGAUUUCAGCAACACCCAAUAGUGAGGCAGUGGGGCGCUAUUGUAAGACAGCAAUGUAAUUGAUAAUUAUGAAUGAAUCAAGUCUGAAUAAAAGUUUUUUGUUGGGUUAAAAAGGAAGCUUUGGGCGCAAACUGUAAAAAUGAUGUUCAUUCCGGGUGAAAUAUAUGCUUGAGAGGAAGAUCUUUUUACAGGUUUUAUUAUUGAUAGUUUCAAUUUUGAACAAUUUGAUAACUUACAUAAUGUUUGCUCAAGGUCAUGGGUCUCAAGUGUUGAAUCCAAACUUUUGGCUGUUGAAAUUGAUAAAUGGAAAAUAUCUGUAAAUAUUGAAUGAAUUUAGAACGUACAUCAUGUUGUUUAAGACAGACUUUAAUACUAAAAGUUUAUGCGAAACUUGCAAUGCCUUCUCAUUACAGAAGUUCAAUGCGGCGUUGCACCAGUUAGGUUAGAAACAAGGCCGUGUGGAAACCUAAAUGAGAAUGAAAAACCUGAAGGUGAAACAUGUUAACAAGUAACACUGUUUAUUAUAUGUACAAUAUUGUUAAGAUCUUUUCAGCUCUCUAAACCAAGUUAAUAAUAGUUUUAAUCUGUUUUCUGACAAUAAAAAAAAUGUUUUAUGUUCCUUAAUGAACUUUAUAACCAAGACCUGCUAUAACAUUUAAAGAAGGCUUUUAUUAUACUGUAGAUAAUAGACAUGUCUUAUUGCUCGACUAUUUGAAAUUUUGCCAUAGUGCUUCCACUUCUUCAUUGAUUGGAAAUCCACACAUUGUCGCAUUUAUAUAAAAGGAUCGCUUAAACUUAUAAUAAGUUAUACAACUGUAGCUUUCCGGUUAUGAAAUUAUACACCUGUUUUUUUUGUGUGUUUUUUUUUAAACUUCACGAGGAAGUUAAUAAUAAUAAUCUUUAUUUAUAUAGUUUAUGUCAGAAGAAUGACAAAUACUCGAGCAUGCUGUCAUAUGAUAGCUUAAUUCUACCAAUUUUCAUUCCAUUUUAAUUUCAUUUAAUCUUCUUAUAGUCAAUGUAAAGGGUAUGAAGAUAAUUUGAUCCUACCGAACCAACAACUUAGUAACUGUUUUGAAUAAAAUAAAACUAUAAGUAUUAAUAAGGAUUUUAGUGUUAAGAUAUCAAUCUAAAUUGACCUUUUAUACCGUUUUUCAAGUAUCAGAUUUUGGAAUGUGAAUAGAGUUGCAUGCGCUUUUAGAACUUUUAAUAUGGGUUCCACAGUUUUGCGUCUUUCCGUUUGUCAGUUUUAAUGUAAAAUAAUUGUUUCCAAAAUGAAACAGUUUGUAUAAAUCUGAAGUUAAUCUUAUUUGUCUCUUAUAGUUCUGAUAAGAAAGGCACUUGUACUUUUAUCUGUUUUAUGAUGAUUUCAGUAUGUUGUACAUGUGAUGAGACGUUAAUAAAAUAUUUGACUACAGAGGUCACCUAGAUUUGGAAGAACAAAA